UUUCGUUUCAUCAGCCGUUAGGCGAAUAGUUGGCUAACAAAAUUAAAUUAUUUUUGUCACUGAAUUGGCUUUCAUAGACUGAGUUGCUUGAAGAUACGAAGCCAAAUUGUAUUUAUUUGUUUUUUUGUCAAUUAAUAAGUCAAUAUCGCCUUAGUUACCACUAUUUGCUAAAGUUUGACAUUUUGUCACCAGUCGGCCGCAUUAGCUAGCGUUAAACGUUGGCUAACUUAGUGGCUAAUGUUUUAACGUGUAAUGCAGUGUGAAAAUGUCACAGCGUAGAGCCAGUGAAACUGGAGCAACCCAGGACAAGCCUGAGUGUUCAUUGGCCAAGGCCGUGGAGGAUGUCUGUCUGCACGGCUACGCCCAGACUGACACCCUGAAAGAGAAGCAGAGGACGCUCAGCUCCAUGCAGGCAAGACGUUCUGAGGUCGAGAACAAAGCAGAGAAGGCAGAGCAGGAGCUUAGAUGUACAACAAGGGAGCUCCUGAUGAUUGAGGCCGAGAUGGAGCACUUGGAACAGCGAGCAAACGUCCUGCAUGAUCGCUGUGUCUCCAUCAGCAAGGAGAACGCAGAACUUCAGAUUAAGAUAAAAGAGGAGGAGGAGAGUGCUGAGAUGGCACUGAAAGAGUUCAGCACUUACCAAACAAAGAUGGAGAGUCACCGAGCGGCUGUGUUGCAUGCGGCAAGUCAGACAGACGGCCAUAAAGUGCUGGAGGAGAAGAGGGCGCUUGUCAGGAUGCUGACACAGAAGAAAGAGCAGCUGAGGGAAGAUUUGGGGAACCCGAAUGGAAACACAGUGCAGAGGGCAAAGGGAGAGACUGAUGCUCUGAAGGCGGAGAUCUCUGCAGUGAGGAAGAUGACAGCGGAGAGCAGAGAGAGACUGCGAAAAGAGGCUGAGAUUCAAACCCAUUUGAGGAAAGACAUCGAGAUCCAGAACAGGCGCUUUGAGGCCAUUGUGAAGCGCCUCCACCGCCAGCUGAGCAGGGCGCAGGCUGUCCACAGGCAAACGUCUGAAGAUGUCUACCACAUGCAGAGAGAGCUAGCAGAGCUCAAGAGGCAGCUGGAGUCGUCGCAAGACUCAACUGUCGCUUCCGCUUCACUGGGUCACUUGACGGCCUGCGAGAUGACAGUCCCACUGCUGGCUAACAAGGGCGUGACUGUGCUACUUCAGCCAUAACUCUGAACUAAUUGAACAAUGAAGCUGCCUGCAUCAGCCUCUGAGAAGAGCUACAACUUAGGAUAUUCACAUUUUGUCAUAUCUCGGUCAUACUCCCUCAAACUGAGCGUCUCUUUGCAGAAGUAGCACAAUUAUGUAAAACCAUGAUACAUCAUGGAAUUGCAUAACACUGUGGAAAUGACCAUAAUAUUGCAAAUUUGAUUUGUUGUUGCACUACAAAGACAAAAAAUACCCACGCAGCACCACGUUUUUCACAAUUUUUGCUAUAUAAAAUGUUCUACUUUUUGGAUUUUGUGACAGUUUCAAGACAUGUACAUGCAACCCUUUGACAUUUAAAACCAUUUAUUCCAUGAAAUAUGUGUGGAAAAGUGUCAGAUUUAAGCAACAGACUGUGAAGUCACUCAUUAUUACCAAGAGCUUUAACGUACAAUCAGGAAGUGUGGUUGAACGUGUGGGAGGCAAAGGACAAUGUGUGAUGAAUCAUCCGAAAGUUAGGGCUGUUUUCAUUACCCACUCAACUACAAAUUGUAGUUUAGUGGGCCAUUUCCUCUGCAGCUCGCUGAGGGAGUCUGUCCAGCCUGAACCGCAGCACUGCUCUGUCUGACUGACCUUAUUAGCAUGUUGUCAGCCUCUGUUCAGUGUUAUACUCAAGAGACAAAAAGUCACAGAUAAAUGAGCAGCAAACCACCCAAAACGGUGCUGUGCAUAUAGAUGCUUACUGCAGUGUCAAAGGCGGGUGACUUUAUUUUGUCCCCUCUUUAGUGUUUGUACCAUCGUUAGCCGCGUGAUCUUUUAAAAUGCCGGACAUAUGGCUGUUUCUUCUCUGCAUUUGGUUGUCCGACGCACUGUGUUGCACAUGCAUACCGAGGGGUUUCCACUCUGAGGAGCAAAACUCUUUAAAAUGAGAACAUUUUACAUCCUUCAAGCACAUUAGGCCUGAGCUAAUUAGUGGAUGAAUUUAGCACCAGCCUUCCACCACAUGCUGGUUUUAUUUAUUUGGCACAUUUGUCUACUCCACUUUGGCAAUCCGCCGUCACAUCAUGAUGCAUUUGGCUGUUGAAAUGGAGAACAAAUAGGGGGAGUUUAGGAAUCUACAAACAACAUAAACGGAUGAAGAUGUCAGUUUAGAGAGUUUCUUUUCCCGUAAAGACAUAAAAUAACUUUAGUCAGGUAUGUCCCCCUUAAAAGCCAUUUUUACAGCUCUGAGACGUACUUUAGCGCUCUCAUCCUGUCCAAGUCACCACGUUGACUGUUGCUAUCAAUUUGUUGGUAAAAAGUGUAGUUAAAUCAUUUAAAAUUGGCCUGCCUGCUGUCAACAUCUUUUUCGCCUUGCGUUCACCUUGUGUUGGCCCUCUGAUAAAUGAGUGUUCCGAUGAAACAUGCUUGGCCAGCUUUCAAUCGACUGAGAGGCUCCCUGCAGAACAGCUGAGCUCAUUUAUUCCUCGUCUUGA